CUACAACUGCCAAGUACCAUAACUAAAAACCUAAAAACAGUCGUGCAAGCGCGAAAGCGGUAACGUCAGUGUUGUUUACUGUUCAAAAUAUUUAUUGUUACUGAAAUCUGAAAUGAUAUAAUACAAAAAUGGAAUGCACGCAAAGAUUAGAGUGUACUCAAGAAUUAUAUGACACUCAUACGCCAAGGGUUUGUGCGGAGCAAAUCGGGUUUGUUGGCAUAUGCGGUGAGAAACAUCCAGUGUUACGAGGCCCAAACAAAAUUGGCAGAGACCCACAGACAUGCAACAUUGUACUCAACUUAAAUUCUGUAUCAAGGCAGCAUGCUGUGAUAAAUGUUCUAAGUAGCAAAGAAUAUAUGCUUAUGGACUUAGGUUCAGCCAACAAAACAAAAUUAGUAAAUAAAACGCUACAGCCAUACAUACCUUACCCUCUAAAGAAUGGUGAUACAGUACAGUUUGGAGACAAUUUUGGGAUAUUCAGACUUCUAGAGGAAGAUGACAACUUGCCGAUGACACAGGCUUUAGACUUGCCUAUGACACAACCUUUGGAUAUCCCUGAUACACCGUUACCGAGUAAGGCAGUAUCGAAGAUCCAUAAAGCACAGACUACUGUCAUUCCUGAGUCUCCCGACGUAAGUGGGGACGACUCAUUUAUAUCGGCCUCAAACAGGAACAGUGAAAGAACAAGGCUAUCCAGCGGUCAGUUUAUAAAACCGUUUGGCAAAACUAUAUCAAUACAACCAAUAAGUUCACCUAAAACACCGAAUAAUUCUGGUUUGUCAAAACGAUCAACUUCUUUGAGUUUCGUUGACAAUCCUAAUACGAGUUUAAACGAGUCUUGUGCGUCUCGUAACUCUAAAAAUGUAACUGAUAUUCAUGAUAUGGACACACAACCACCUGAUGUAAAUGAGCCUAAUGAUUCAAUACAUACAGCUGAUACUCAGAUCCCACCGCCGAGACCUAUCUCACCGUCAAUUUACAGCUUGAACACGCAACUACCCACAGGAGACAAUCUGCCUGAAAUACGCAAGGUUGACAAUCAACAAGAAAUGCAGUUUGAUUUGUAUGCAGCUAACAAAGAGAAUGAUACAAGUAUAUUUAAUGCUGAAACACAGCCAUUUGCUUUUGAGAAAGAAGAUUCGAUGCAACAGAAAAAAAAUGGUGAGAAACAAAAUAUUGCAAAGGAAAAAGUUGAUAGCUUAGUGAAAGCUAACGAUGUGGAAAAGAGUAUAAAUACUUCGGAAGAAGAAUUGUUGUUCGAUGAUAUUGAUGGUGAUGUGUUUGAGGAAGAUCUCAAUUCGCAAAAUAUACUUGUCGACGAAGUACUGCUAGUAGAAGCAGCUGAAAAGUCUGGUGAAAAACCUAAAGAUAAUAAAACCCCAUCAAAAAGAGCUAACAGAAUCGAAUCUGAUAGUUCAACAGAUUGUGAAGACAUUUAUAUGAUGCCGACACAGAAAGUGGCGGAAUUACCUAAAGAUGAUUCAAAACAAGAUGUUGGCAAAGUCGAUAUAACUCACAAAGUAAAGCCGACAAAGAGCGUUAAUGGAAUACAAUCAGAUUGCUCGACAGAUUGCGAAGAUAUAGAUAUGAUACCCACUCAAAAGAUACCCGAAAAGAAAGUAGAUGCAGACGAUGACGUCACAGAUUGUGAAGAUAACGAAUUACCUACAAACAAACCGAUUGAAACCGGUUCCAAUACAAAGUUUGAAGAUAUGCCUACACAAAUAAUCGAUGCUGAAUACAAUGCAGGCAAUCCGGCAAACAAUAAUGAAGACAUAGAAGAUCAGGCAACCCAAAUAUUGGAAGAGAUAGUGCCACAGGAUAUUGAUAAAUCAAAAACUAGUUUGAGUAAACUCGACAGGUCGUUUAAAGUUCCUUUUCGAUCUCCGAAGCGAGUGAAAAAUAAAGACGUACAGAAACCGUCUCCAAUAAAAACUAUUACGAGUAAACCUGGUCCGUCUACCUUGAAUGAGGACAAUUAUUAUCAAGCGACACAAGAAAUUUAUGAUGAUCUGUGCUCACAAAGAGAAAUGUCUCCUGAUAUCUUACAAAUGGACCAAGGUGACAAUGUAACCAUUGAUUUAGUAUCGAGCCCCGCCAAGAAACACGAAGAGGCUUUAAAUAAACUUCAAAAGUCGUUUUCUCGAAGAUCUGGUGUUAAAUGUGAAAAUGUUGCAAGUUUAAAGAAAACACCAAGUGACUCGUCCGAUGUGGAUACUACUCCAAAAAAACUGCGGCCGUUCCUAUUCACUGAUAGCGAUCUUCCAAGCAGUCAAGAGAUCACAACAAGUAUGAUGACAAAACAAGAUUCAGCUGUUGUGGACCUGUCCAGCGAUUCAGAACCGGAUAAUACCGAAGAGCAGACUCCAAUAGUACAUCGCAAGAAGAAAACUAAACCUGCACCCAAGUUAGAUCUGACCAAAAAGUUUGAUGUCGAAAUGUUACCAGAGAGGAUUCUGACGCGGCAACGCAAACCCACCGACAAACUAGGAAAUAGCACCGAUAAAAGUAUAAACUCUAAAAUACUUAAAUCCACAUACUUACUAGACCAGGAAGAUGAAGUCGAUCAAGAAAUUAUAUCCGAAAAUAUAAAACGCCUAAAAAGUUUCGAGAAAGCCAAGAGUUUACGAGAGUCCAAGAAUGAUGUUAGUGCUAAAGAGGAUGUGAAAGACACUAGUCCGCGUUCGAAAGAGAGUAAGAGUAAGGAACCCAAAGAAAAAAUAAAAGUUAAAAUAGAAAAACCAAAGAAGAAGGAAACCAAACCGAAAAGCGAGUCGUCUGUUCGAAAAAGCGAUGAAAACAAAAGUAAACAAAAACAGUCAAGCAUUACCUCAGAAACUAAUACAAGGAAAACUAGAACAAAGAAAAAUGAAACCGAAACAAAAGCAAACACAAAAAAUAGAUCAGUAUCACCAGAUAGCAGUAAAAAAGAAGACAAAAAACCUCGUAACAGAAGAAAGGAAAGAUCAAAAUCACCUGAAAUCGAAGUCAGGAGAAGCAAACGCCAGACAACCAAAGAAAAGAGUUUAAAUGAACCAACUUCUAUGAACCCUCGUAAACGCAAGCCAAUACUGAAGAACGUACGAGAAAGUACUGAAUAUAAUAUGUCAUCUUCCAGCGGUGAACCAAAUAGGAGUCUAAAGAGAUCGUUGGUUGAAGACAGUGUAGUACCAAGCCCGAAACGAACACGAUCUUAUGUAAAUAGUAGUAAUACUAAUACGAGCAGUGGUAUAAGUAAUUCGUCUUUAAGAGCGACCCCUGCCAGACUCAAUAAGACGCACCAUGUGCUGUUUACCGCCUUCCCCAGUGAUGAAGUUAAACAGAAGUUGGAGAAAUUAGGUGCAGUGAUAGUGACAGAUGUGAUGCAGUGUACGGUAGUGCUGACGAUGCAGAUCAAGCGCACGUUCAAGCUGCUGUGCGCGCUCGGGCUGGGCAGGCCGAUAGUAGGCCCCGGCUGGGUGCAGGCCUGCAACGAUACUAAUAUCAUUGUCGAUCCAUGGCUAUACCUAGUAAAGGACGAAUCGGCGGAGAAGCGUUUCGGGUUCAACUUGGAGCGGUCUCUAACUGGCAAGCGGAAUUUCCUGAAGGGUUACAACGUGUCCUCCACGCCCAACGUGCAACCUAACGCAACUGAAAUGGAACUUAUAGUGAAAUGUUCAGGCGGUAACUGGAAGGAGGGCGGUCCGCACUGGGUGUGCGUGUCGUGCAACAGGGACCGCGACCUGUGGGCGGCGCUGCGCCGGCGCGGGGCCAGCGUCGUGUCCACUGAGUUCAUAUUGGGAGGGGUGCUCAAGCAGACGCUAGAUGUCGCUGCACAUACCUUCCCGUGAAGUGGGAACGUUGUGAGGAUGCAUGAAGAUGCGAUCAUUCUUCUAUAAGGCGAUUUUAGAUUACAUGGUUGGUAUAAAAGUCGGUUUAAAGCAGCGUGACUUGCAAGCUUUUAUGCGAUAUUGCAUUUUUAUGCAGUGUAUGUGUCUAUGUAGCAUAUAUGCUGUAUACGUGUCAUACGCAAGUCCAAAACCGUUGUAAGUGUGAACUAUAUGUGUGUGGAAGUUUCUGAAGAUGUGUACAUUUCAUAAUUAGUAAGUUUCAGUUGCUGAUACUGACCUGAUUGUAAGCGCUCCUUUAUCGCGAUUGAUUCGCGAGCUCUUUAGUUUCUAGAAAUUGGUCUCGUCUUCAUGGGUUAAACUGUCUACAUUUAACAACGUUAUUGUUGCAUAUGUUUUAUGGGGAGUUUUUACAUAGUAUUGUCACCACUAAAAGUUGACCUUAAGACGAUGUAUUAAGGGUGUGUAUAUUUAUACUAUACUCGUAAUUUCAAAGCCAAUUUCUUAAUAAGUGUUCUAGUUUUCCAUCAUGAAGUUUUUGAGACAGCAUGAUGUAUUUUGGCUAAAGGUAAAAAUGUGUAUAAGAAAUACUAUAAUUAUUGUUCUGAAACAUUUACAAAAUGUUAUACUUGACAAGAGUGAAAACCAGUGUACAGUCAGCAGUGUAACAAAUGCAAUUAAAAGCAUUUUAUAGUACAAAUUUAUCAAAAUUUAGACCCUUUCUUGGUAAGUUGUCUUGAUGACUUUAAGGAAGGUUGUAAAACUAACAGGUAAAAAAGACUGCUUGUUCAAUUCUCGUAAAUUUAUAAAAAGAUUUAGAGGGUUUCAAAUGUUAUCAAUCCGCAUAAAGUACUUAUUUGCUGACUGUACUGUACAGAUAAUGUUUUGGAAUAUUUGUAAAUACUUAACAAAUUCGAUUAAAAAUCACCUGGAAGUACAAUGUUAUUUACAAGUAGAUUUACUUAAUUCAUAACUUACACAUUAUUUUAGCCCUACAAUCAUUUGAAAAGCUUGUAUUUACAUAUACGAAAGAGGUUUUGAGUCUAUAAUUGCAUGCAUGGCAUCACCAGGUUAAUUAAGAAGUCUUUACUUCUUGUGUUUUACUUCAAAUAACCGAAACAUACCUUCAUCACAAGCUCAUCAUCUGUUAAAGAUUGCGUAAAAGACAAUUUUUAUGUCCAUAGGCAUUUUCAAACUAAUAUUUGUUGUGUCGACUUUUUAGACCUUAUUGUAGAUUUGACAGCUAGAAAAAUAGAUACAUGAAACCAAUUAUAAUUACAUAUAUAAAUAAUACAGUAGACUACAGACUCAAAAUAAAACCGUGUUUUUAUAUGUUUUAAAACCGCUAUCUAGACCGACGGCGGCAAAGCAUGGAGAUGUUAUGAUUUUAUAUUUUGUGGCGCCAUCUGUUGGUUGCAGCGCCCUCUAGACUUUCAAUUACGCCGAUCUUUUUAAAAUAAUACAAUAUUCUUAUCAUGUAAAUAUUAUCUUAAUUUAAUUGAUUAUUUGAAUAUUAUUCGUAUGUUGUUAAUAAUUAUGUGGACAUUAAAUUCAGGCCCUGGUUUAUAAACGCCACUCCAAGUUGUUUGGCGUCCUCAAAUCGUGGUCUAAGUGCAUGUGACAUCAAAAAUACUAAAUUACAUGCUUUAAAAUCUUAUAUAUUAUAUCAAUAUGCUUCUUAUUAAUAUGGUAACUAAGUUUAUUUUUAAAUGAUUUCUCUAAUAGAGGGCUAAAAAUGUUAAAAUUCUAUGUUCAAUGUGUUGUCUUUGUUUGUUUUUAAUGUCGCCAUUUUGAUUUAUUUUCCUAGGAAUUAAUAUUGAUAAUUGCAAUAUGGUUAUUUGUCAUAAAUGUAUGAAUAAUGUUGUAUCAUAAAUGAUGUUUCUAUUAUUAUAAUCAUAGUUUACGAGUUUGUAAUAUCAUCAUAUGAUUGUUUAUUAUUGUAAAUUACAUGACUUAUUUUCUUA